UUUUUGCAAUGAAAGGAAUUAUAUUUCAGAAGAGAUGAGAGUUCUUCUCUUAACCGGAAAGCCCAAACCAACUGGUGUAUUAGGUGCUGUAAAUAAACCUUUAUCUGCAACUGGAAGGAGACCAUAUAUCCGAAGCGCAGGAUCAGAAACUGGAAGCAAUAAUAGCGUAAACUCUGAACUGAGCUCUCCUGCAGGAAACAAAUCAAGAGAGCAGAGCUCAGACAUAUCAGAAACUGGUGUCAGUGAAAAUGAUGAAAAUCCAGUGAGAAUUAUUUCUGUCACCCCAGCAAAAAUAGAACCUGUAAAGAACAAGGAGAUAAACUCUGAUCAGGCAACGCAAGGAAAUGUUAGCACUGAGCGUGGAAAGAAAAGAACUGCAACAGCCGCCGGAGCAGAAAAUAUUCAUCAAAAGUCAGAAGAGAAAAAAACAGAUGAAUCGGGCCAGCCUGCCCCUCCCAAGCCGAGGAGAGGGCGUCCUCCCAAGUCUGAAUCUCAGGGCACCAUGGCAAAAAAUGCUGAAACAAGUAAACCAUCUGGUAGGGGGCGGAAAAGGGCAGCACCCAGCCAGGAAGGUCCAGGGAGUUUAGAGGCAAGCAAUGCCAAAGCACCAAAACAGCAAGAUGCAUCGAAAAAAGCAGUACCAGCACAGAGACAGAUUGAUCUACAAAGAAGCAAGGUGCUGGGAAGUGAUGGAGAGUCAGUGUUCGAGAUAGAAUCAAGUCCUGGAUAUUCUCCAAGUGAAAUGGAUCUUUUUAAGCUUUGUGACACUGAGGAUACAGGCAGCCAGGAAGACACUGAGGAGACAGAACUAACAGAGAAUGGCUUCCUGAAGGUAAAAAGAAAACUUCCUUGCAAGGGGAGGAAAAGGAGGGCCAAAUGACGGCAUGCUCCAAGCUUCUGCAAAAACCAAGAAAUUUCCUGUAUAAGGAACUGAAAAUACUCAGAUCACACCGCUUUCAGCUCUGAGAACAGAAGGAAAAUCUGCUUCCCUUUCAGAUGACAUUAUUCUGCUGAAACUCUUGAGAGAGGCUCAAAGCAUCUGUACUUAUUUUCCCAGAGACUUUUUUUAUGAAAAGUCAAUAAUUAAGCAAAUUGCUUAACACUUGAUUCCAGUUUCUGCAUAUCUGGAGUUAAAAGUGUUUUACUCCAUAAAUUUUCAUGCUGCAUUUUUUAAAAGAAAGUCAGAAUGAGAUCCUUUAAAAAAUUCAGAGCUAGAAUCAGGUAUUGCCCACCCUUUUUGCAAGAAAAAAUAGAAGCUUACUGAAAGAAUUUUAAUCCAAGACACAAGGAAAAUACCUGAAUUCUCAUCUGCUUUCCUUUUGGAGACUCCUAUGUAUAAUUCUUUCCAGCUAAAUAAGAUGUACAGAUUUUGGUUCCUGCUAUGAAAAGUCACAUAGUGACAAUUUUUAUACAUGUUGCUUUCUGACUUUUUAUCUGAGUGGGAGACUAAUCACUUGAUUGAUUUGCAAGUAGACAUUUCAUCUUUUUUUAAUUUCCCUCUCCAUUUUAGUUUAAUAUAAUUUGCAAUAAAUGUACAUAUUGUUGGUUGUUUUAUAAAAACAUCACUUUUAAGUGGGUUUACUCCUGUGGUUCUGUUGGAAUAUUCUAAAUUUAAUGGAGUAAAGGCAGCCCAGCAUUUGAUUUUAUAAUGUUUGUCACCAGAUUUUUAUUAUUGAUGUAAAAUAUCAAUUUUUAAAAAUAGUUGGACUUUUGGCAGCUUUGUAAGGAAUGUUGGAAAUGUUUAGGAUUGCUCUCAAUUUUAAGCAUUGUGCUGAUUGAAAGUAAGUCUGUUUUACGUUUUUGUCUUCCUGUCCAAGCUCAUUUUUUAAUGUUUAAUUUUAGAAGACUUGCAUCAAUAUUGAUUUUUUCCCCUGGCAUUGUUCAGCAUACAGUGUACACUUUUAAUGUACACAUGAUCAUAUUUAAGUUUGUUGCAUAAAAUAAAUGCUUCUAGGUGUCAUAUGGUA